AUGAGUGGAAGUUACAGUGGGUCUUCUGGGGCCAGCGUGAACGCCAUGCAGCGCCUGGUGGAGCAGCUCAAGCUGGAGGCCGGCGGCGUGGAGAGGAUCAAGGUCUCUCAGGCAGCCCCCGAGCUUCAGCAGUACUGCAUGCAGAAUGCCUGCAAGGACGCCCUGCUGCUUGGUGUCCCAGCUGGAAGCAACCCCUUCCUGGAGCCCCGAUCCUGCGCUUUACUGUGAAGACUGGGCAGAAGGUCGCUGGGAAAGCACAUGGUGAUGGAUGACCGCGGCCAUGGCGCAAGAAAACAGUUUCAACAGCCAAAUCACCUUCUCUGUUGCCUGCUCCUAGAGCCAAAUUCUACAGAAAUCAGUGUUUUUUU